CCUUCCUUCCUUCCUUGCUCCCUCCUUCCCUCCCUCCUGCCUGCAAAGAUGGACCCGCAGCGCCUCUAACAAAGACCCCGCCGCCGCCGCCGCCCGCCCAGACGCCGCUGCCGCCUCGCUCGGGUUUGCCCUUCUUGGCUGGGGGGCGGGAGGGGGGCAGGUUGCAGGGGGGUCUCUCUCUCUUUCUCCUCUCCUUUCCCCGGGGAGCCCCUUUUGUCUCCGGCCGCAGCAGCAGCAGCGCCAGCAGCGCCCACCCACCCCCACCUCCCCAUGCCUUGCUGAGGCUCUGCGAAGCCCACCCGGGGGGGCGGGUGGGGGGUGGACCCCAUUCCGCCGCGAUGGGCGCCCCACCUUCCCCCCCGCAACCACCGCUGGAGGGGCUUCCGCGUCGGGAGGGGGGUCUCCUUUAAGGCUCUUCUCCCCCCCCCCUCGACACCCUCAUUCAUCCUCUCUGAGCACCCCGGAAAUUAUCUGAUUCUAUUUCCAAGGAACACCUUUUCCCACUAGGAGACACCCAGCCCCCCAGCCCCAAAAAGAACACCCCCUCCAGCACCCUAAUAUUUACCAUCAGCAACCCCCAGGCAUCAACAUCUGCCCCAGUCAACAGCUGACCUUUGAGAGGGUUUUUCUAGGCACCCCUAGGUUUUAUCAAACUUCUUCAAAUCGUAAAGGAAGAUCUUGAGUCUGCUGCACACACAUUUAAAAACAGAAACCCCUUUCAAAGAGGAAUCUUACUUUCCUGACCCCCCCCCCCAGUUCUCAAUAAGCUUCCCCCAAAAGUGAUUUCACCCCUCUGUGUAAGAGAUCCCUUGUGGGUCUUAUUUACAUUUGCUGGUCAUAAUUGUGGAGAAUCACACAAACAUCUCUUUGGACGCUGUCCAGAAUUUCUGCUGCUCUUGAAUUUUCUGUUUACUUCAGCCACCUCUCAUGAUUUCUGUGGUACAACCCUGAACCUCUUCCUUCCCCCCACCUUAUUAGAAAGGCAAUAGAUCUCCUCCCCCUAUAUUUUGAAGUGCACUUCUGAAAUUGCUCCCACUUCCCUGAUUCCAGACGGGCGCCUUGCUUAAAUUUCUUUCUCCCAUAGCUAUAGGUCAUACUAUCCAUUUAUGUCUACGGGGAUCCCCAAAUUUUCCGUCCCUCUAGCAGGGAGGAGCCUGGGCUGCUUCACCACAUUUCUAUAGGGCCCAGCGUUUGCAUCUGUUUGUAAAAGAACAGAAAUAGUAGUAAUAACAGAUUCCCUAAAUCUCAGUUAUAUAGUGAGAUAACAUUUGAGUGCCUGCCUACUCUCUAGUAAACACCUAAUCCCAGAGGUUCCUGAUAUAAAAGCCAACAAUUCUUUCAGCCUAUCCAACAUUCUGGAACCUGGGCUCCUAAAAUCUGUUUUGACAGAUUGUUCCUUUUCAUUUAAUUCAGUCUGCAAGUCGCAGAGGAAAAAAACCUCCUUAGAGAUAUUCCCUGGAGUGUUUCAUCUCUGAUAGAGGGACGUGAAUUGGACAACUAGAGUUUUAUUGUGUUAAAUCCCCCCGCUUUCAACGAGAGUUGAAAGUAGUGAUCUGAGACCCUCCAAACUGCCUCCCUAGUGCCCCAUAACCCAAGACACCCACCUACAACCCGCUUUUUCCAGAUCCUUCCACAUUCAAGGUAUCCCUAGAUACCUCCCCUUUCGUCCUCAGUCGUGAGAGCUUUCAAGAACAGGUGCUGCUAAGGCCAUACAACUGUCAAGAACACUCCUUUGCAGAUUCUGGGACACCCCAAAACUUUCGAGCACCCACUAUUGCAGACGUUUCUUCAGCCCUGUAUACCUGCGUUCAGCCAGCCUUUCAAUAGGCAGCCGCAAAAUUUCCCCCCAGCUCAGAGUUUCCCCACUGUCCCAAGGGUGCCUUGAAAUCCUAACUUCAGACCCAAGAGCACACCCCGCAGGCUCUCUCUAGCCCCUUUCUCAAAACCAUAAUUUCUUUAACCCCCCCCCCAUUUGUCCAAUGGCUUUUCAGGACCCAAAUCACCCCCUGCAAGCCCAGCUCUGUAGCAAUGUUUUUGGGGCGCUUACUGGGUUAAUACAACCCCCUUUAGCAGCCGGGCUAGGUGGGGGGCAGAAGUAUUAUUGCAAUAAUGGGGUGCAGCUAGCCUCGCCGCCGCCGCAGCAGACGCCACUCAGCAAUGCGGUCAUGGUGGAGCCGGAGCCCGAUCGGCCCAUCGGCUAUGGAGCUUUUGGCGUGGUGUGGUCGGUGACAGAUCCCCGAGACGGGUCGCGAGUUGCACUCAAAAAGAUGCCCAACGUUUUCCAGAACUUGGUCUCUUGCAAACGGGUCUUCAGGGAGUUGAGAAUGCUCUGUUACUUCAAGCACGACAACGUCCUCUCAGCGUUGGACAUUCUCCAGCCUCCACAAAUCGACUGUUUUGAGGAGAUUUACGUCAUCACUGAGUUGAUGCAAAGUGACCUUCACAAAGUCAUUGUGUCUCCACAACCUCUCAGCGCUGACCAUAUCAAGGUCUUUCUGUAUCAGAUCCUCAGGGGGCUGAAAUAUUUGCACUCUGCCGGUGUUCUCCAUCGGGACAUCAAACCUGGGAAUUUGCUGGUCAACAGCAACUGUGUCCUCAAGAUCUGCGAUUUUGGCUUGGCCCGGGUAGAGGAGCCAGAUGAGUCCCAGCACAUGACUCAAGAAGUGGUAACUCAAUAUUACCGGGCCCCUGAGAUCCUGAUGGGGACCAGGCACUACGGACGCCCAAUUGAUAUUUGGUCGGUGGGCUGCAUCUUCGCUGAACUGUUGGGCAGGCGUAUCCUCUUUCAGGCCCAGAGCCCAAUUCAGCAGCUGGACCUGAUCACAGACCUCCUGGGGACUCCUCCUGUGGCCGCCCUCCAUUCAGCCUGUGAGGGGGCUCGGGCCCACAUUCUGCGUGGCAACCACAAGCCACCGUCGCUGUCUGUCCUUUACAUGCUCUCUGGAGAAGCCACCCACGAAGCUGUCCAUCUGCUCUGUCGGAUGCUGGUCUUUGACCCGGCCAAACGGAUCUCUGCCAAGGAUGCCCUCUCGCACCCUUACCUGGAUGAGGGCCGGCUCCGCUACCACACCUGCAUGUGCACCUGCUGCUUUUCCGUGUCCUCGGGCCGCGUCUACACCAGUGACUUUGAGCCCCGGGCCGACCCGAAGUUUGAUGGAUCCUACGAGAAGAACCUCACCUCCGUCUGGCAGGUCAAAGAGCUGGUGCAUAGAUUUAUCUUGGACCAGCAGCGAGGGAAACGCGUCCCGCUCUGUAUCAACCCCCAGUCGGCUGCCUUCAAAACCUUCAUCCGCUCCACGGCGUGGCACUCCUCCAAAGUGUCUAAAAAGGAGGAGAGAUGAAGGCGCCCAGUGGACACGGUGGGGAGAAAGAGAAGAAAGGAGAAGAAGAAAAAGGGAAAGCAAAGGAGAAGGGCAGAAUGAGAGAGCCUUUUCAUCGGGUGAUGGAGAGAGAGAAAGAAGAAGAAGAAUAAACAACCACUCUUCUUAAUCCUGCACUCUUGAAUAUUUUGACUCAUGGACAAACAUUUGGGGUGGGGGGAAAACGUCUGUGUCUUUUUUUUAUUAUUAUGAAUAUUAAUAUUAUUUGGGCUGGGUGGGAGGGUUGGGAAGGGAUUGUUUUUUGCAUCAAUUGAUGUCUUUUUCCCUCCACCUUUAUUGUUCUGCACUGGAAAACCCUUUAGGUUGUAGGUAUUCUCCUUGUGCAACUCUCCCUGUCCGCAAACUCACCCCCAAAUCUGCACUGUUCCCCGACACGCCUGUAUUUGUCCAUCUCCUGGCUGAGUUACCCUUCCCUCUCUGUCCCUGUAUUAUUAGGGUUUUGUAUUGCUACCCCUAGAGGGUUUGCAGUUGUUGGAGCGAAGGGGUGUUUGCUUUUCUCAGUAUGUUCCGCCCAUUCUGCACCAAACCCUGCUGUUCCCCCACUCCUUCAAAAAAAAUCCUCUUUAGGAUCAGCGAAGGGUCUUCUUCCUGGCUGCGUCUUCACUCCUAUCUGCAAGGCACCGUCCCAUAAAUAAGUGGCAUGUUUUAUUAGUUCCCCUAAAUGCUCUGUCCCAAAAGAACCACAGGUGAGGGGGGGUAGAGGGGGGGAGAAACCCAAUUUCCUAGCUGGGAUCCAUACAGCCUUUAUCAACCAUAUUGUUCUCUUAACAGUUCACACUGAAUAUUCUGCCACUUCUUACAGUCAGAAGAGGGGACUCUGGGCCUAAGUAAAUAUGAUCAGUGAUGGAACACCAAUAGGUUUUUAAGUAAAGUUACAAUGAAAGCAUGGGGCAGGGAUUUGAAGUGUGUGUGGCAGAGAGGGCCCGACCUUUUCCUUGUCUGCUUGCUCCAGUUGUCCCACCACCAACCCCAGAAAGAAAACACCUGAGGUACCACCUGGCUCCAUUUUGGCAUCUCCCAACGUGGCCUUUGAAAAAAAAUCACUGCUGGGGUUUACUGUAUAGUUUAGUUAGGCCUUCAUCCUGUCAACAGAAUCUCUGGAAGUUUCCUUCUCCCACCACCCCGCUCUGCAGCCAGAAAAGCACCCCACUUCUUCUUAGCACUCCUCAAGGACACUUAUUCCUUCCUUAUUUCCACACCCGCUCGAAAAUCUACCUCUUUUCUCCUAGUGUGUGUGUGGUUUGUGUGUUUGUUAUUUUUAGCCGGGGGUGGGGGUGUUGAACUUUCAUACUUUUGUUGUUAAUCUGUAUUUUGUUUUCCUGGCUUUUUUUUUUGCAGGGGAGGGCGGCUGUUGGAUGUUUUUUUAUUCUUAAUUUUUUUCAGUUUCAUUUAUUAAUUUAUGACCCUGUCGGUUUUUAGAGACUCAAAUCCAGAAUGUGUGUGUGCGUGUGUGCAUUUUUCCUUUGUCCCUGAAAAAGAAAAUGAAAAAAAAAACCCCACAAAAAACACAACCAACAACCUGGAAACUUGAACUGUCUUGGCUGUAAUAAUUUUUUUCCCUCCUAAUUUAAUUGUGCUCCAUGGUAGCUGAAUUAAAUUUAUGCUGUGUAUUUUU